GUACCAGUUGCCUUGGGCAUUGUGGUUUGGUUGUGGUGGUCAUGAACGGCGUGGGAGGCAUUUUGUUGGGAGGAUAUCUUCUCGUUUGGCGUCCUUUCCGAGGUUUUUAGGACAGGACGUAUUAGUGUUGCUGGUGUGUAAAGAUAUGGACUUCUGCGAGAUUUAUGGAACCGGUGGAGUUGAACUAAAUGAAACACCUGAAAUGUUUGAGAUCUUCGUUCAGUGGCUCUAAGUCACUUUAGAGCUAUGGAUUUUUGGCGGCAGAAUUACGUGCCAGAAGCUUCCGAACUUUACUAUGAAUUUCAUCCGGGAUUAUCACCAUAAUUUAAACCGCUAUAUGGAAGUCGAACAUCUGAGAUACGUCUUUGCAGCGACUAAAACUGACAUAGAGGAGAACCAUUUGGAGGCUUUCUGUGCUGCUCUGCUUCACCACCAAAACGAUCAGCAUUACGCAGUCGUUCUCGACAUUCUUUUGAAAGUUCCAGAUGCUAUUAGCCCAUACCUUUUUCACGAUUCUGACUGCAAUUAUAAUCGCGAACGAGUAUUCUUCGACCCCAGAAACCGGAAAGAAGACGACAAUUGCAGAUUUCACAACCACAGCGACGAUGAAGAUUUAUACUUGGUCUGCGAUUCGAAACCUAAUUCUUUAGUCAUUAUCAGCUUACAUUCGUUGCUGAAUCGGAUAACUCCUCCUUCAGCAACUUUUCUUGGCAUCUUAUUGCUCAUUUAUUAUUUAGUGUUUGCUGACUCUCGGAAGUGGCUCUUCAAAAAUCGCACAAGUGUCUACAACGUGGUCGAACGCCUUCAUGCAACAUUACGAAUUCGCUCACGGUACUCAAGCAAGACGUUCAUUGAGGUUGCAGAAGCAUAGAGCAAUCAAAAGCAUUAUCAGGAAUUCAAAAUUCAUCUAACUGAUUUUACACGCG